AUGGUGAAGAAUGAUGCAACUUUGAGAAAUUUGAAGAACCAAAUAGGGCAGAUAGCAAACGAACUUCGAAAUAAACAACACGGAGCUUUACCUAGUGACAUGGAGAACCUAAGAAAACCGAGUAAGGAGAAUUGGAAAGCGAAUAAGUUGCUUCCUCAGUUGAAGGAUCUAGGAAGUUUCAUCAUACCUCGCAAUAUUGGAGAAUCUUGUUGUGGUAAAACUUUGGGCUAUUUGGGAUCGAGUAUCAACUUAAUGCCUACGUCUUUUUUUAAAGGAUUAGGUAUUGGUAAGGCCAAACCGACAACAAUUACACUCCAAUUGGUGGAUCGAUCUUUAGCAUACCUCGAAGGAGAGAUCGAGGAUGUCUUGGUUUGUGUUGAUAAAUUCAUAUUUUGUGCUGACUAUAUUAACUUAGAUUUUGAAGCAGAUAAAGGAGUACCAAUCAUCUUAGAAAGACCUUUCCUGGAAGCUGGUAGGACGAGAGUCGAUGUACAGAAAGGUGAACUCACCAUGCAAGUUCAAGAUGAAUAA